ACGAAAAUGGCGAUGACAAUAUAUGUUGCUCCAAUGGCAGAAAACAACCCUUCUGGGAAUUCAACCUGCAAGAAAGAGAGACAACAAAUUUCUAUUCCGUUUAUCUGGGAAGAAAGACCAGGAAUACCGAUAAAGGAUUGGAAACCAAAGCCUGUAGCUAUGGCUACUACAAGUGGUGCAUUUACGUUUACACCCCCAGUUAAGCUCAUUGCUUCUGUUCCCUUUGAAUGGGAAGAAAAGCCAGGAACACCACUCCCUUUCUUCUCCCAGACAUCUCCACACGAAAAUAUUGUUGGCUUACCUUCAACUGUUAGGGUUGUGCAUGAAGGUAGAGAUGACUUCUGGGCUGGAAUUGGCGAGUACAUUGAUCAGCAUGGUAGUCAUGAAGAAGAUGAGAUGUCAGAAUCAGAAGUUGAGGCAUCUGAUUCUGAAUCAAUUUAUGAAUCCUUCAGCUCAGCCCCUUCUUCCCUCCUAGCUAAUGGCUUCAUACCAACUGUGGACAUUUCAAGUGCUGUUCCUGUGGAGCAAACUUCUCCGACAGCAGACAUACACCACAGCCAGCUACAGACUCCUCUUUCACCAACUUCUGAAGCGGGCAGCAGUGUUCUUAGUUAUGCCACUGGAACUACAAGCUUGGUUGGGACUGCUUUUCUGGAAAAGCUCUUCCCUCUAUUAUCACCUAAUACAAGCUUUCUUCAGAACUGCAGCAACCCUGAAAAAGGGCAUUCUCAUGUUCCUCCGAAAGCACUUAAUAACAAUCAAGUUCGUGAAAACAAUUGCAGCAUCAAAGUAAGGCAUCCACUAACUCUAGGUGAGCUGAUAAUGAUGAGCCGAAGAAGAAGUUACCAAAGGAAAACCGUUCAAAUGCAGAAGCAGACCAUCUCUAAGGAAAUGAUGGAUGAUGAUGAUUUUGGAAGCUGCAUCCUUGGAAUUGGCAACAGCAUUGGCGAACUGCACAACAAGUGGAAGAGGCAAUUGCAACUCAAACUAAUCUGAAAGAUGCGCAUCUUGAUUCACAG